UACGUGAUCGAGAAGCUCAAGAACGUGUGGUCGGACAAAGACUUAGCGGCCAGGGACAACAUCGCGGCAAGACGCCGCGACAUGAGGAAUCAGAACAAUCGAGACCUUCGACGGAUUCCUGCGAAGGCCAACUACCAGGACGAAUAUGAUGACGACGAACAUGGCUUCUAUGAGGGAGAAGGUGCGGACAGCGAGGAGGUCGACGUGAACUACGAGGCCGAGGGGCAGACGACCGAGGACUUGGAGGCGCUCGAGGCCUACGCGGAGGACGCGGAGGUCUACGCGCAGGAUGCCCACCGGGCGUUCACGGAGGCCAAGAAGAUGCUGGCGGAGGCUGCGAAGAACAGGAGCGGCUACUUUCCGGUGAUUGGUGUCGGCCAGCUGCCCGGAAAGACCGCGAAGGACCCCGAGGCCGCGGUCGCGGCCAAGUCCGCCUUGAGGCCGCCCAAGCCCCCGGGGCCUCAGGCAGGGCGGCGAGAGGCGGGCUCCACGCCCGCCGCAGCCAGCGGGGAGACGCCCGGCGAAGGGCACGGGCAAAGGGAGAGGAGCAACGCGGGCACGGACGGCAACGGCAUGCAGAUGGUCAACGGACAGCUGGCGGUGUUUGCUGACACUCCGACGGAAGUACAGGACCCAGCCAGCGCCAGAUACAGCAACGAGGGUAUCAACGCUGACGAAGGCCAAGCUGGAUGGGUGCAGGAGGAGAUGGUCGGCUACGCUAUCAUCGGCACAGGGGCCACAAAGAGCAUGAUCGGGCUCGAGCUGGCCACCUCCAUCCCGGACGUGAUCAUCCAGGAGACCAGCGAGGACCAUGUGGAGAUGGACUACUCCAAGACCGCGAAGUUCACCUACGCGGGUGGAGGCAAAGGGGGGUCCAUCGGGAGGUUCGGCCUCGAGCAUCUUGUGGCCCUCGUCGAGGACAAGAGCAAGCUGUGGUUCGACCUCGUGGAGUCCAAGUCGCCGAUGCUGCUGGGCCUCGACUGCCUCGAGAAGUCCGGGGCCGACCUGAUCAAGGAGAG